AUGGUAUACAAUUCGUUAACUGAGGCUCCUCGCAACCUCAAGGAGGGCAUUGACUGGUUGAUAGCCCUGAGGGGAACUGAUGCCGACAAGAACUUGGCGGCUGUAGGUAAGGCAGUUCACAAAUUUCUAGCAGACAAGCCCGUUGGAUUCACGGAGGUGCCAGCUCUCGAGAAGGUAAAGAGUAUUUCUAAGGAGUUCAUGGAGAAACGGGAGCUUAAGGAGCAGCCAUUCGUAAGACAGCUGUUAAGGAGAUUCAACAAGAAGAGGAAUGAAAAUAUCACCUUGUUAGACAGGUGGUUCGAAUCUAUAGCCGAAAGCGAUUAUGCUAACGUCGUAGAGGCAAGAGGUGUCACCGCUAAAACCAUUGGAGAGAAAUUAAGUAAAGCCGUAGAUGGUUGUGAAAAGUUCCGGGAAAAUGUCAAGAUUCCUGACCAGUAUAAGUCUACUUACAGUUCGGAAGCUACGUGGGAGGCAUCAUGCGCGAAGGACCCGGAAGCUUGCGCAGUGGUCCUUGUGGGUGUUGCGCCAAUGUUGUACACGGGUCUACGUUCUUUGAAGGUUGCGAGCGAAGCUGAAACCCGUGGUGGGUUACCGAUGGCUUUGGGGACGAGUAGUUUGGGCAGUGUGUUGAUAGCUGUUGGUUACGAGGAGCCUCAAUGGCGUGUUGAAAUGACCGCUUCAUAUAUCUUCAAGGCGUUGAAAGGCGUGAGUCAUCAAGUGUUGACCACGCUCUACGACCUCUCUGGAUUCUGGGGUUUCUAUGGAUUGGAGAAGGCAGGAACCGCAAAAGCUGUAGCAACUCGCAGCAACUCCUCUGCCAAAGGUGAGAAAUAA